CCCGGCCCCGCGCCGCCGCGCCCCCUCUUCCUUUCUCCGGGUGGCGCCCACCCCAGCCCCGUCGCCGCCUCGCCACCCCCCCACCGCCCCCCCUCGGGAUCGUCGGGCUCCGGCGGCGCGGGGGGCUUCCGGAUCGGCAGGAUGUACCCCCAGGGGAGGCACCCGACCCCGCUUCAGUCCGGCCAGCCCUUCAAGUUCUCGAUCUUGGAGAUCUGCGACCGCAUCAAAGAGGAAUUCCAGUUUCUCCAGGCUCAGUACCACAGCCUCAAGCUGGAAUGUGAGAAGCUGGCCAGUGAGAAGACAGAAAUGCAACGACAUUAUGUCAUGUACUAUGAGAUGUCCUACGGGCUCAACAUUGAAAUGCACAAGCAGGCCGAGAUUGUGAAGCGCCUCAGUGGUAUCUGUGCUCAGAUUAUCCCCUUCCUGACGCAGGAGCAUCAACAGCAGGUGCUACAGGCCAUGGAGCGGGCCAAGCAGGUGACCGUGGGGGAGCUGAACAGCCUCAUCGGGCAGCAGCAGCUCCAGCCGCUGUCCCACCAUGCCCCCCCUGUGCCCCUCACCCCUCGCCCUGCUGGCUUGGUGGGCAGCGGUGCCACGGGGCUGCUGGCCCUGUCCGGAGCACUGGCCGCCCAGGCUCAGCUGGCUGCGGCCGCCAAGGAAGACCGGGCAGGUGGGGAGGCUGAGGGACCCAGAGUGGAGAGAGCCCCGAGCAGGAGCGCAUCCCCCUCACCCCCUGAGAGUGUGGUGGAAGAGGAGCGACCGGGUGGCCUGGGGAGCAGUGGGAAGCAGCGAGCUGAGGACAAGGAUCUGUCAGGACCUUAUGAGAGUGACGAAGACAAGAGCGAUUACAACCUGGUGGUGGACGAGGUGAGUCGGGGUCCAGCCUCUGACUUCCGGGACUCAGAGGUCUGGGCACAGCGAGCGGACCAACCCUCGGAGCCCCCCAGCCCAGCUACCACCCCGUGUGGAAAGGCACCCAUCUGCGUCCCUGCCCGUCGGGACCUUGUGGACAGCCCGGCCUCCUUGGCCUCCAGCCUCGGCUCCCCGCUCCCCAGAGCCAAGGAGCUUGUCCUGAACGAGCUUCCCGCCAGCACUCCUGCCCCCAAGUCCUGCGACUCCUCCCCGCCCCAGGAUGCGUCCACCCCCGGGCCCAGCUCAGCCGGUCACCUCCGCCAGCUUGCUGCCAAGCCAGCACCUUGCACGGACAGUGUUGCCCUGAGGAGCCCCCUGACACUGUCCAGUCCCUUCACCACAUCCUUCAGCCUGAGCUCCCACAGCGCCCUUAAUGGGGACCUCUCUGUGCCCAGCUCCUACGUUAGCCUCCACCUGUCCCCCCAAGUCAGCGGCUCUGUAGUGUAUGGACGGUCCCCCAUGAUGGCAUUCGAGUGUCAUCCUCAUCUCCGAGGGUCAUCCAUCUCCUCCUCCCUGCCCACUAUCCCUGGCGGAAAGCCGGCCUACUCCUUCCACGUGUCUGCCGACGGGCAGAUGCAGCCGGUGCCCUUCCCCUCGGACGCGCUCGUGGGCGCCGGCAUCCCGCGGCACGCGCGGCAGCUGCACACGCUGGCGCACGGCGAGGUGGUCUGCGCCGUCACCAUCAGCGGCUCCACGCAGCACGUGUACACGGGCGGCAAGGGCUGCGUGAAAGUGUGGGACGUGGGGCAGCCGGGCGCCAAGACGCCGGUGGCGCAGCUCGACUGCCUGAACCGGGACAACUACAUUCGUUCCUGCAAGCUGCUGCCCGACGGCCGGAGUCUAAUCGUGGGCGGCGAGGCCAGCACCUUGUCCAUCUGGGACCUGGCGGCGCCCACCCCGCGCAUCAAGGCGGAGCUCACCUCCUCGGCCCCCGCCUGCUACGCUCUGGCCGUCAGCCCCGACGCCAAGGUCUGCUUUUCCUGCUGCAGCGACGGCAACAUCGUGGUCUGGGACCUGCAGAACCAGACCAUGGUCAGGCAGUUCCAGGGCCACACGGACGGUGCCAGCUGCAUCGACAUUUCCGACUACGGCACUCGGCUCUGGACCGGGGGCCUGGACAACACGGUGCGCUGCUGGGACCUGCGGGAGGGCCGCCAGCUGCAGCAGCACGACUUCAGCUCCCAGAUCUUCUCCCUGGGCCACUGCCCCAACCAGGACUGGCUGGCGGUCGGCAUGGAGAGCAGCAACGUGGAGGUGCUACAUGUCCGCAAGCCCGAGAAGUACCAGCUGCACCUUCACGAGAGCUGUGUGCUCGCCCUCAAAUUCGCCUCCUGCGGGCGCUGGUUUGUGAGCACUGGGAAAGACAACCUGCUCAACGCCUGGAGGACACCGUAUGGAGCCAGCAUUUUCCAGUCCAAGGAAUCAUCCUCCGUGCUGAGCUGUGACAUCUCCGGAAAUAAUAAGUACAUUGUGACAGGCUCAGGGGACAAGAAGGCCACCGUGUACGAGGUGGUCUACUGAGACCCCCCAUCUUCCUGCACCCUUGGCCCGGCUCCUAGGGGAGGGGCAUCCCGGACAGAGACCCCGACACCCCCCUCUCCAUUCAUACCUGUGAGUGCUAAGUCUCGUCUGCCCUCUGGCUGACUCCCUCCCAUCUUCCCUUGCUGGACAUGGGGCUGGACGGGCAGGUGGACUUCGGGGAAAUAAAUGUAUUUAUCGCAACUGC